GUGAUGGUCGCUGCGCGUCACCGAAGCGCUGUCGCUCGCCUGGAGACCAGAGCAGGGCUGACUGACACUGUGUGUAGCAGGCAACUGUAAAUAAAGAAUAAAAACCCAACAAACUAACAGAUAAGCAAGCCAGGAAGUAUCGAGUCAUUCAUUCGCUGAGUUGUCUCUUAGGGUGUUUUUUAGUCCUUUUUUCCCCCAGAUUUGAACGUGCCAAGUAAAGGGAACGCAAAACAUGGCUGGAUUGAUGGCAGGUUUUGGUCAUUACACCCACGCCGUCGUCCGGGGGAUCCCCAGGUCCCUGGCCAAAGAAGCGCUCCGGAGCAGCGAGAGGGAGGUGGACCUGGCCAAGGCGGUGAUGGAGCACGACGCAUACGUCGAGGUCCUGAGGACUAGGCUCGGGCUGGAGGUGGUCGAGCUCCCGGCGGACGAGUCACUCCCGGACUGUGUGUUCGUGGAGGACACGGCCGUGGUGUGCGGUGACACGGCGCUCAUCACCAGACCCGGGGCAGAGAGCAGGAGAAGAGAGACGGAGGCAAUGAAAGGGGCUUUAAAGGAUUUAAAUCUGAACAUUGUGGAAAUGAGCGAUGAGAAUGCAACACUGGAUGGAGGAGAUGUCCUUUUCACGGGUCGAGAGUUCUUCGUGGGACUUUCUAAACGGACCAAUCAGAGAGGAGCAGAGAUCUUAGCAGAUGCAUUUAAGGACUAUGCUGUUUCCACUGUGCCUGUGCUGGAAGGCCUGCACCUGAAGAGCUUCUGCAGCAUGGGAGGACCAGGUCUUAUUGUAAUUGGCUCCAGUGAACCAGCACAGAAAGCCCUCAAAAUAAUGCAACAAAUGAGUGACCAUCGCUAUGACAAACUGACGGUGCCUGAUGACCUUGCUGCAAACUGCAUCUACAUGAACUUGCCCAGCAAGGGACACGUGCUUCUACACUGCACAGCAGAGGAGUUUCCAGAGAGCGCAAAGGUGUUUGAGAAGUUGAAGGAUCACAUGCUGAUCCCCGUGUCCAACUUGGAGAAGGUCAGAGUGGAUGGAGCCCUAACAUGCUGCUCUGUACUCAUCAACAAGAAAGCCAACAUCUGAGUGGGGUCACUAGGGGUCUCUCAGUCCAUGGUAACUAAGCGAAGCCUUUAACUAAUCACCAUGGAUCCCAAGGUUUGACUGUCCCAGUAUACAGAGGGAGGUAUAUGGAAGUUUAACAGAUAGGGAGUCAUCUGGUCUCCCCUUUCACUCCUAUUCACUAAAAUAACAUUAAAAACAUGUGAGAGUAGUUAAGUUGAUUUAGAACACUGUAUGUUUGAUAAAUUUUCUCCUUCUUAAUUCAUAUGUCAUUUUUCCAAUAGUAUCUGCUGCGUAUGUGAUCUACGAGCUGUUCAAAUGUAUCUGAUAAAGAUCUCAUCCCAGAUUAGAAGAGUACACGAUGUGCCAUGUUGAAUUCUCCCCUUGAACGUGCACAGCAUCUACUGAUCAUGAGUAGAACAACACUUACUUACUGUCCAGUGUUUACAACCCUUUAAAAGUACCACACUGAACAGAGCGCUGGGCAACAAACCCAGCUGGAUCGUCAGGUUUUUUCUUUUUUUUUUUUUUGGCACUGUAAAGUCUUACCAACUUUCGACUUAAGAUGUAACUAACACAGACAUCAUCUGGGUACAAAAAAGUAAACAAUUGACAUAUAUUGUUUAUGUCACCAUUUUAACUGUGAAUUAAUUCUGUGUGUUUACGUAUGUAAUGAAUUGUGCACUGAUUUUUCAAGUACUGUGAUUUGAACCAAGAUGUACAAAACAAAUCCUGCUACGAUGUGAUCUAAAAAUCUCAAUGUGAUUGUUGCAGUUACCUCUUCUUUUUUUUUUUCUCCUCUUAAAUUGCUUUUGUUUCUUUACAAGUGGUGCUAUAAAACACUUCCAAAACCACCGACACACCGUUGCUUAUUAAUUUAAAAAUGUCUGUCUGGCUUUUAAGAAAUUUUGAGUUCUCAUUCUGAAAAUAGCUCUAAAAAAAACUUGAAAAGCUUUGUGGAGAUGUGAGCUUUUGGUGUGAUUACAGUGGUUUUCUAUUUUUGGUGGGGAGUGGGCGAUUUGUAUUAUGACUUGUGAUUGAUAUUGAUUGUUAUAGCUACCAGCUAGAGAAGCUACCAGUAACAACAGAUUAUAUGUAAAAGAUGGAUGUCACCUCCCAGUCUGAAAGCCAUUAAGCUAGUGUGGAAGUGCCUUAAACCUGCAUUCUUUCUAAUAGGCAGCAGGGGGCGACUCCUCUUGUUGCAAAAAAAAAAAACAA